CGCCCUCAACUCUCCAUGGCGGCACCAAAUCGCUCCCCUAUGCGUGUUCUAAUCCGUCCUCCAUCAUCUUCCUCACCCAUCACUCCUCCCUCCGCCACCACUGUUCCACCUCCACCACCCCCAACCAUCCAUCAACCACCGCCCCCGUCGUCUCUUCCACCUCUUCCUCCUCCACCUUCAACAACUUUCCGACAAAACGGCGUCGUCGUGGUCGGCUUCGUUGGACGGCGCAAAGGGGAUGUGAGUCAAUUGAUUAACCGGAUUAUAGAUGCCAAUGUUUUUGGUUCCGGGAAUGCUGACGUGGCAUUGGGGUUUGAGAAAACAGGGGAAAUCGUAAGCGAUGAGGUCAAGAAUUGGUUUGAGCAAAGAAGAAUUAGUUAUUAUCAUGAAGAGGCAAAAGGGGUUUUGUAUUUGCAGUUUUGUUCUACCAAAUGUACGGUUAUGGAAGGGUUUUCGGAGGUUCCAAGUGGGUUUGAUUCGGUUUUUGAAAAGCAGGAGUUUGGAGAUCUUCAAGGGAUGCUGUUUAUGUUUUCUGUUUGCCAUGUGGUCAUAUUUAUGCAGGAGGGCUCAUGCUUUGAUAUCCAGAUGUUGAAAAAGUUUCGAGUGUUACAAGGUGCUAAAUAUGCGAUGUUUCCAUUUAUUAAAUCACAAACACUACAACCCACGACAUCAAGGUCACAUACAUCGCCUUCUUCACGAACUUCUCCAUCAGGAGGACCUUCUAAAAACCGAUCUCCUGGUAAAAAUGGUCCCGCUAUGAGUCGCAACGCUUCUUCAAUUACACUAAUGUCAGGUUUAGGUUCACACACAUCUUUCUUUCCUGGACAGUGUACUCCGGUUAUUCUUUUUGUUUUUCUUGAUGAUAUCUUUGACCCUGGUUCUAACCCAGAUGAGCCAGCAGAGUCUACAUCAUCAUAUCAGUCUUCAUCUUUGAAUAGUUUAGGUAGGCCUACUUUGCCUGUGAAAGGGUCUGGUUCAAUAGUUGUGCUAUCACGCCCUGUCACAAAAUCCGAAGGCAGUUUCAAGAAGAAAUUGCAGUCAUCUCUUGAGGCACAGAUCCGGUUUUCAAUUAAAAAAUGUCGGGUACUUUCAGGUUCUGAAACCGGUCCUCCUGGUUCAAGAAGUGGGGCCGUUUCAAGUCUGGCGCCUUUGUUUUCUCUUGAUGCGUCUAAAGCUGUUUUGCUUCUCGACAGAUUGUCAAACCAGGCAGGUGAAUCCUUGGAGUUUGCCACUAGCAUUGUGGAAAAUGUUCUCAACGGUAUAUCGACCUCAGAUUCACUUCUACUCGAGAAUCAUAGCCAGAGUUCAAACAAAGAGGAUAUUCUUUCUGUAAAAGAGUUUAUUUACAGGCAAUGUGAUAUUUUAAGAGGUCGAGGGAAUAUGGUUUCAAAUGCAAACAGUGUCUCGGCUGCUGGUGUUGGAAUGGUGGCGGUAGCUGCUGCCGCCGCCGCUGCCUCUGUAGCUUCUGGAAAACCUUGUGCAACUCCGGAACUUCCAAAUCUUGAUGUCUGGUUGUCUUCCAGUCAAACCAUUUUAUAUGGGCUUCUUUCUGCUAAACCUGGGUUCCUACCUGAACCAGAGCCUGAACAAAGCAAAAGAAGAUCCAAACGCAAUAAUGUUUCGCCAACGGUUGAAGGCAGUCCUUCAAAAGUCAGCGACCCUCUAGAACUUGCAGCGACAUAUUUGGAUAGCAGUAGAGGACUCAACACUAAAUUCUCGAUUUCAUGGUGCCAAAGAGCCCUACCGGUUGCUAAAGAUGUUUACUUAAAUGAUUUGCCGGCAUGUUAUCCAACAUCCCAACAUGAGGCACACCUGGGGAAAGCACUUUCGUUUUUUAAAUCAAUGGUCAAAGGACCAGCUGUACAUCAUUAUUUAAAAAAAUUGGAGGAUGAGUGCACAUCUAUUUGGAUUUCUGGUAGGCAACUGUGUGAUGCAGUUAGUUUGACAGGAAAAUCAUGCAUUCACCAAAGACAUGACUUGAAGACCGAGGAUUCGUUAUCAAGCAAUGAUAUCAAACCACAUUCUAGUGGUUUUGUGUUUCUUCAUGCAUGUGCUUGUGGCCGAUCAAGGAAAUUGCGUUCAGAUCCUUUUGAUUUUGAAACUGCUAAUGUGACUUUUAGUUGUUACCCAGAGUGUGAUAAGCUUCUUCCCACCCUUCAUUUACCACAAGUCAAUUCAGACGGGCCUAUUCAAUCGUCAUCUUGGAGUUUAAUCCGAAUUGGGGGAUCGAGGUACUAUCAACCUUCUAAAGGUCUACUUCAAAGCGGGUUUUCUUCUACAGAGAAGUUUCUUCUUAAGUGGAAAUUUUUUCUUGAAAAACACAAGGAACCCACUAGUAUUUUACAUGGUUAUUCUAUGAAUGAAUCAAGUAACGAUUCGAGGGUUGAAGGCGUUCUCGAUGCAAAGGUAGAGAAAGAAGGCCUUGCUCCCGGGGAAUUACACAACGGGGUGGAAAUGCACGGUAAAACCAAUAAUUCUGAUGACAAUAAAAGUAACUCUGUUAAAGUUCUUCCCAGUUUUACGAUGAAAAAACCGUUCUCUGAGGUUGUUGCCGGAUCAGCAGCUACAAGUUCUGGGUUCCCUCCACUUCAAUCAAAGAAGAAAGCUUCAGAAAAUGUUACCAAGGAAAAGCAUGCUGGAGAAACUAGCAUGGUGAAAGUGCAUGACACCAAUGGUAAUCAGGGGUCUAAAAAGGUUGAAAAUAUUUCAUCUGUUCAUGAAACUGUGGACGGAAAUGGGAAUGCUAACGGUAAUCCAUUUUUGAAGUUGGGUAGUACUGGUAAUAUAGUAACUAUGAACAGUAGGGAAAACACCAACCUACGUGCUUUAAAUCAGGUGCUAGUAUAUAUUGGAUUUGAGCAUGAAUGUCCCUGUGGACACCGAUUCAUAUUGACACCAGACCAUCUCAAAGGGCUUGGCUCAAUUUAUGCAGUGGAUGAAGAAUCUCAUUAUCAUUCGUCUGUUGAAAGUUCUGACCGUAAAGGGGUAGAUCUUUCUAAAAUGGGCAAGCAUGGUGGCCAUGGUAAAGUCCAUCGACACUCAAAUAGGAUGGUUAAUGCUGCUGUUAGUAAGGUGAGACAUCCGGGAAAGUUAAAAGAAGUAGCGGCAAAUGGUAAACAAGGACUGGAUGCCAUGUUGCAUGUAUCUCGGUCACGAAAGGAACAGAAUGGUCUCAUGAAAAGUGAUUACAUGAAAGAUAUCGAAGGAAGUCUUCAGUCAACAACUCUUGAUGAUAAUGGCACUGGGGUUUUUCCUCUACUCGAUAGAAAUUUACCAUUAUACUUAAAUUGCCCACAUUGCCAGAUCCAUAAGAGUAAAAGCGACCCGCCAAAUGUUCAAUUUGCUGGCACAAUAUCACAGCUCCAGAGAAUCUUUCUGGUCACACCUCCCUUCCCAACGGUCUUGGCUGCAUGUCCAGUUAUUCAAUUUGAGAUGUCGUGCCUACCUCCAUCUGUCCCUGAGCGUGAACAGAAACUGCAGUUCAGCCUUGGAUGUCCGGUGGUUUUGCCACCAGAAAGUUUCCUCUCACUUAGACUUCCAUUCGUUUAUGGUGUGCAACUCGAGGAUGGAAGUCUGCAUCCCCUCAAACCUUUUGAAAACCAGCCAGAGAUGACUGCUUGGAUCACGAAAAGCACAGCUCUACAGUUUUUGUCAAAGGGAAGCAGCAACCUUGAAGUGAUGUAACUGUCGAAACUAAUGGAACACUCUUGCAUCAGUCAGCGGCAACUUGCUGCAACCGGCAGAUAUCUGUGUGCAGUUUUGCCUGGUUCCAGGAUGUGGUAGUAAAUUGGUUAAUUUGGGGAUCCAGUGAUGCUGCCUGUGUACGAGGUCGAAAUGCUAGAUUGUUAUCAGGCCCUCUAGAAAUGGCUGGUGUUUUGUGGGAUUCUCGGGCAUAACCAUGCUACAAUUCUGAUCAUCGAGAGGUGAUCGUGGCUCGCAGCUUCUGUGGAUUCAUUUACAAAAUUGGGUCAAAACCCGUUUCUGGAGCCCAUAACAAAAGAAACAAGAACAGAGCCAUGUUGCCUUACAUCAAUGGAAUGAAGUAUGCAGAAACAAGACAAGGAACAUUAAACACUUGGGUCAAAUGUUUAAACUUAUGAAGUGAUGAUUAAGAGCUGGGUUUGCGUUGUAUUUGUGGCUUAAUGCUCGAAGUGUGACUUUUAGCAUUUCCUAUUUUCAGAAACAACCACUUUACCCAUUGGGUGGAGGUAAGAUCUGCAUACAUUGUAUUCUUUCAGAUCUUACCAUUCUGUUGGAUAUACCGAGAUUGUUUGAUUUGAUUUGAUGUUAGCAUUUUCUACUUUCACU